AUGAAUCAGUGCACAAGUCAUUUGCCCUGCCUCAACCUUCAAGGUCCAACAUCUAGCUCUGCUGGGUCAGAACCAAAGCAUAUACCUUUUCGAGGACAUCAGAGAACUAUUGAAGGUGAAAAAAAGACAAUUCCAAAGGUUAAAAGAAGGAAAACUAAGAAAGAGCUGGACGCCAAGUUUCAUAAAUCAGAAAUGGAAACUUUUCGUAGUAAAGGGUCUCGAAGGUUGCUGAAGAAACAGGACUUGAGUCGUAAUCCAUUCUGCUCAAGAGUUGUCCAAUCUUCGGUACAAAAGUGUGCAUGCAACUCAAAUCCAGUCAUCAUAACCCAAAACCGUCUGAGUCAUCACCAGGGAAUGUUUAAUCGAGAGGUGAAAUCCGUUGAUAUUGGGAGACUUCUGACCAAAGAACCUGAGAACAAGGAUAAUGCAGAGUUAGACCUUCAGAAACAUAGAUCCAAGUCAGAAGGAAAUAUAGGUCAGGAUUGUAGUUCUUGUUCAACAGCCUUACCACCAAGAACUGAAUCACAACAGAAUGAUAGCAUUAUCUCUCUAAAAUCAAGAGGGCCAAAAACACCUAUCCAGCCCAUCGAAUCUGUCACAGACAUAGUGCAGAAUGAGGAAAAGACCCCACUAUCUGGACAGGAAGGCAAUGUCCAUCGUCCCACCUCGUGGUCAAGCAGUGAGACAGAGCUUCCUGAAGUGGAGACAGAGGCUGCUCCUGUUUUUGAGGUUGCAGAGGAGAUCUUUAAAAUGCUUGACACCCAGGUACUAUUCCCAGGCCGUAACCUAGUAAAUGAAAUUCAGAAAGCUAUAAUGGAAAAUAUGAGACAGAAUCAUGAAAAGGACACCAAUCGGCCUGCAGUACCUGCACAAAGUGAGCUUGAUUAUGGCUUCAAAGGUAAGCCUUUUGCAUGA